AUGACUGCUGUGUCACCGUACUCUCUAGGAGAUGAGAGUAAAGACAUCAAGAGAGCUUCGUCCCCAAUCCUAAGCCCUCGAUUACCGAGGGACUCCUACCUCGACGAUAACAUGGCCGGAAAGCCUAAUGAAACCGCUACAUACCACCAACAACCAACUCGGCUAAACGUCGUCGACUACUCUGGAGAGCGGCAGAAUCUUGAAAAGGAUUCCCCUAUCCGAGAAACCGGAUACCGCACCCACUACACAGCUCAAGUUCCACAAGAGAUACAUCAACCUCAGUCCGGUAUCAUUGACGAUGCUCGCAUAUCCUCAGAAUCCGGUGUUCCGAGUCUAGACCUUACUCUGGGCGCAUCGAUACGACCACGUUCUAGUGGGAAUAACACAAACGAAGGGGCAUCCACCGGAGCUGCAGAGGCGGAACCAGCUAUUGUCCCCUUAAAGUACGCCCAUUUCGAGUCGUACAAUGAAGAACAACUACGUAAUACACAGGAGUCACCCGUCUCAACAGACUCUGAUCCACCAAUAAACCCAAAUCACCUAGCACCUAACGAUCGAGCCCCUAACAGGAGGAAAGUGUCAAGCAACUCAGCAGUUUAUUCAUUUUAUGGUGAAUUCCGCGGUCGUACAGGGGUCCCGGGGAACCCAUCACCAAGAGUCCACUCCGCAGCAUACUCGAAUGAUAGUAGAAGGUCGAGCGAAGGAGAAGCACCUGGUGUAUAUACUUUCGAUAAUUCCCAUCUCAAGGGGGUCGUUGGAAAAGAUGCCUCGUUACUUUCCCACGAAAAAACCAUUGAGCUGUACAGACAAAACGCCAUGAAAACCAACGAUCCGUCGAUCCAAUAUGAGUUUGCGGUUUUCCUAAUAUCCGCCGCACAAUCUCUGGAAAACAUGGCCAAUCACCCUCCUAGUAGUGCAGGCAGGGAUCGAUCCCCAGCUCCCAAGGGCAGGUCGCCCCACAGCUCGGAUGUCGAGCUAGCGCCUGACAGGAAGAGAGCAAGGCUACUAAAAGAAGCACGGCAGAUCCUCCAGAAACUCGCAGAUCGAUCGUUCCCAUACGCGCAAUACUUUUUGGCUGAUGCGCUAUGCAGCGGCUUGUUCACCAACGGGAAACCGGAUUUAGACAAGGCUUUCCCUAUGUUCGUUGCCGCAGCGAAGCACGGUCACGCCGAAUCCGGAUACAGAGCCGCUCUACAUUACGAAUAUGGAUGGGGCACUAAGAAGGAACCGCUGAAGGCCGUUCAGUUCUACAGAGCAUCGGCAGCAAGGAACCACCCGGGUGCAAUGACCAGGCUGUCAAUGGCAUGUUUGAGAGGUGAUCUAGGAAUAACUGAUGGCUACAAAGAAGGACUCAAAUGGCUGAAGCGAGCCACCGAGGCAGCUGAUUACCAGUACCCAAAUGCACCAUUUGAGUUGGGAAGGUUGCACGAAGUUGGUGAUGAAAAAGAUAUCUUCAAGGAUCCCGGUUACUCUGCCCAACUGUAUGCCCAAGCUGCCGAGCUUGGUCAUGCAGAAGCUAGUUACAGGUUGGGAGAGGCUUAUGAGAAGGGAACUUUGGAAUGUCCUCAAGAUGCCGCUUUGAGCAUUCAUUACUAUACAGGAGCGGCGGAACUGGGGUUUGCGCCGGCUCAAUUGGCCCUCUGCGCUUGGUAUACUGUUGGCGCCCCUCCAAUUCUUGAACCAGAUGAAUCUGAAGCUUACGCCUGGGCCAUGAAAGCCGCUGAUCGAGGCCUGGCCAAAGCAGCUUAUACGGUGGGCUAUUUCACUGAGAUGGGAAUUGGUUGUAUGCGGGACGAGGUUGGCGCGAAUAUGUGGUACGUGCGUGCCGCAGAGCAGGGAGACGAAAGAGCGAAACUACGACUCCGCACGAUCGAGGCGGCGAUGCACAACAGCGUCGACAAACUUAGCAAGGGAAAAAAGCAAAAGGCGGGAACUACGAACACUGAUGAGAAAGACUGCGUUAUUAUGUGA